UGUGCGGCGGCGCCCGGCCAGUCGCGCGCCUCCGCGGCCCGCCCUAACCGCACCGUGUGCCGCGUACUGCUCGCCACGCGGCCUGCCCCCGACCACUGACUUGAAAGAAAAGUCAUCCUCCGAUCACCCAGGGCCAUCUCCGCAAACUAGCUCAAUGCUCUAGCUGUGAUAUCCGUACAAACUAUCAACACCGCGAGUCAUGCGGACUCGGAUGAUACCGCGUGCCACCUUGCAGUCUCCCGCCCUUCCGUGCCGAGCACGUACUGGAGCAUUAUGAGAGACGUUCAGAGCGUGCCCGACACAUGUAGAAAUAUGUUCGAUAUGUCAAUUCAAGAGGUGAACGGUAAGGGACCCAAAAAAAGGAAAAAGUCCUUGGAGCAAAUCUGUGAUAAUGAAGGGCAUCGUUCGGAAUUGAUCGAGGAUGCGAAAAAGGAGGAUGCAAAAAAGGAGGAUGAGAGUAGUAGCGCGAAGAAUGGAGCGGGCCCGAGGGUCGAGGGUGUGGAGCUGCUUCACUGGCGCGACAUGCCGCAACACCUGCAAUUCAACCCGUACGUGCUGACCGGCUACCGGCCUCUGCAGAGCUGGAGCGGCUGCAUAGGCAGUCUCUUUUAUUUUCACAACGAGACUAUUAAUAUUCUAACACACGGUGUUUCGCUGGUGUUCAUGAUAGCUGUCCUCCCCGGUCUUCUGCCAUGGAGCGGCGGUGGUGGAGGAGCCGGCGCUUGGUUCCUCUCCUUGUGCCACUUACUCGGUGCCCUGGCGCCCUGGUGUGGCUCCUUCCUGUACCAUCUCUUCAUGAACCACACCCAAGGAGCCAGCCUUUACCACAGACUCUUGCAGCUCGAUAUGCUGGGCAUCUGGGUCAGUCAAAGCAUCGGUGCGAUACCGAUGGUGACGGCUACGGUGUACUGCGCGCCCACGCUGCUGCGCUACACCGCGCUUGCCAUCUACUGCCUGGGCAGCCUGCUCGGCCUCUAUAAAGCGAUGCGAGCUUGGUCUCCGUGGGAGCGACGGUUGUGCUUUGCGGCGCCCUUUUGCAUGAGGCUACUGCUAGCGGGCGCUAGGGCGGCGCGGCUUGGCGGCGGCGACCCGCACGCUAUCCUGCAUGUAUUCUUACAAGAUGCGGUGUCGCUGGGCGGAGGCGUUAUCGGGGCGCUGCACAUCCCUGAGAAGUGGUUCCCGGGCUCCGUGGACUGCUGCCUUAACUCGCAUAACAUCAUGCACGUGCUAGUUGUGCUGGCUGUGUACUCCAUGCACCAGGUAACAACAAAGGACUUGGCGUGGAUGUCAAGCGUAGACUGCAGGGCGCCGCUCCGUCAGCUCUGACGCCAGCGCUUCUCGAACAAUUACUGAUAAUUCUAACACUUGUUGUUGCAAUCCUUGACGAUCAUAGGGACU